UCAAUCAGAUUGUUCGCAUAGCAACACAUACAUUGAUAUGCUGCCUGCCACCUAAUUAACUAACUUGGUUCAGUGGCAGCUUGCUAUUGUUAUUUUUGGAGUUUUCAUGCACGUGGCUAGCGUUCAAGGUUUAGGACCUUAUAAUUACAAUAAAUUACUGUGGUGGUAACUAAAUUGAGUGCGACAUAUAUAAUGGAGCCUUAAUUACUCUAAUUCAAAUUCUUUACUUGUCAUUGGUAGUUAUUAUUUAAAGCAUGCACUUUAUAUAUACAUAUAUAAAUUCUCUGCCAUCGAUCAUCCAUCUCUUUUGCCUUUUUACUUUUCCUUUUGCUCACUUUACAUGUAAAAGCAGAUUAGCCUGUUGGGUUGUUGGACUUCAAUCUGUUCAUGAUUAAAGCAUAAUUUUCACUGCAACAAGGUCUCAUUUUUUUUUUUUAAUUAGUAUUAUGAUAUGAUGAUGGUGCAUUUCAUUGUUAGACGAGACGAGAACCUUUAAUUUGUUUUAACUAUUAUCAUAUCAUAAACACGCAAGCAAAUUAUGCAAUAGAGAUGGGAGUUUGUCACUUAUCGUACAGAAAAAUGGCAAAUAAAGGUUGACUACUGGUUUUGACUCAAUUAUCGUUAUGUUCGCUUAGAUUCUCUUGUUUGCCCAAGUGGGCAUCAUUGCAAAUCAUUAUCAUGUUGUUGUUUCAUCAAUUGUAAAGCUAGCUCGUUAGGAUUCAUAUAUGUAUGUGCCCUCCGAGGAGGGUAUAUAUAUAUAUAUAUAUAUUGUGUUGUGAUCUUUGAUGUAUGUAUGAGUAGAGUAGGAAUAAUGAUUUAUUUAGUAACCCCAACCCACUACUACUAAAUUCAUAGAAUUGAGAAUUUCACUGCACAACCCCAAUCUGUCAUGGAAAAUUAUGUAUGACGUUGAGUUGCUGAUCUUAAUAUAUAUAUAUAUAUAUAGAUGGUGAAUAUAGGAGGUGGGCUUAAUUGCUUGGUCUAAUAAUAAAUUAUAAAUGAAUUAAAUCUCAUGAAUUUGAACUAGACCCGGCUACUUAACAAGUCUGGUCUAUAUUGUGAUUACUCCAGGCAUGCAUGGGUUUCUUCGAUCGAAGACUAAUUAAUUAAUGGGGGCUCCAUUGGUAUAAAAUCUAGCAAAUUCUAUAUACUUUAUGGAUUAAUAUUAUUCGUCAAUCUGACAUUACCUGUCACUUAUGCUUGGCCUACUUUUGACUGUCUUUUGUUUUACAUGGUUAAAAGGGUAUUUUAAUUUACUUUUGUUUAUGAAAAUGUGAAUUUAGUUUCAUCUUUUGACAAAAAAAAAUGAACACACAAGAUUGGUAUAUGUAUUUGGGUUGAAAAUAAAACUAAUAAAAUGGAUGACUAGCAUUGAACCACCUAGAAGUAGAAGAAAUUGCUAGUAUACGUAGUUAAUUAUGGAGAUGAAGAAAGAAGAAGAAUAGCAGCAGCAGCAGCAGCAUGUGAGUGAGCCUAAUUCAAAAUUUGAGUUUAAGCCUGUAGGCAAUGAAUUUGUGGGUCUAAAUAGGAGGAGGAAAAGGUAGUAAAAAUCGUCAAUACCAUAUGUAAGAGUAUUUUAUUUGUUUUCAUAAAUUUAAAAGGCCCUUCAUUUUAAUUUCAAGGGAGAAUUUUCACGCACUCAGCCAGAAAGCCAACACUUGACCAUUACAUUAUUAUUAUUAUUAUUAUUAUGUAAGGAAGGAAGGAUUAAGAUGGUAGAACUGAAUGGCAGUUGUUGAAGCGCAAGUGAAGUGACCAAGGCGUUUUGUACUUGGUCUAACAAUUAAUAUAUAAGUAGAUAUCAAAAUGUCCUUUCAGCAGGGGUAAUUAAGCACUGUCUCAAACUAUCUAAAAGCCUCUCAACUCUCAAGUCCCAUCCCAUCCCGCGCCAUUCUCGCUUCAUUAAUUAAAGGUAAACUUUUCCCCCUCUCUUUUUCUCUGUUUGACGGGACAAAAAGGGUACUUCUUUUCCCAAUGCGCUGCGCAUGCAAUCCGCUCAGUCCUCAAUUAACGUGACCAGUCUCCUCUUCCCUCGCCUUGAACCCAUUAAACAAUUCUGCUAAACUGUAACCUUUUACUUUCAGAUUCCUUUUAUGACUAAUUAAAGCCUUGCCAAUCGUCGAUACAGACUCUUCAAGCUCGUACUUCCAACCAACCACCAUGGCCAAAACCACUGUUCCCUGCAACUUCUCAUGGCUUUCCAAGCACAGAUCACUGCUCUUCGGAGCAGCCAUAAUCUUGGUUCUCAUUCUUUGUGCUCUCUUCUUCUUAUCCGGUUCUCGCUCUAGCGCCGCCAGAUCGGCCAAAUCCGUAUCCGCUUCCGACGGCGUCACUUCCCAGAAUUGCUCUAUUCGCGUAGACGACGUAGAUUUAGAGUUUGACCCGCCAAACUCGACAUUCUACGACGAUCCAUCGCUCAGUUACUCCUUAAACAAGCCUAUUCAGAACUGGGACGAGAAGCGACGCGAGUGGCUCCAGAACCACCCCUCCUUCGCCGCCGGCGCCAGGGAUCGGGUACUACUCCUCACUGGGUCGCAGCCUUCGCCCUGCAAGAACUCGAACGGCGACCAUCUAAUGCUGAGGAGCUUCAAGAACAAAGUCGACUACUGUAGAAUCCACGGCUGCGAUGUGUUCUACAGCAACACCUUCCUGCAUCCGAAGAUGCGCUCUUACUGGGCCAAGCUGCCGCUGGUCCGGGCCGCCAUGGUGGCCCACCCGGAGGCCGAGUGGAUCUGGUGGGUCGACUCGGACGCCGUCUUUACCGAUAUGGAGUUCAAGCUCCCGCUCCGGCGUUACAAUGACCACAACCUGGUGGUUCACGGCUGGGCCCACUUGAUCUACCGGAAGAGGAGCUGGGUCGGCGUCAACGCCGGAGUUUUUAUGAUCCGGAACUGUCAAUGGGCCAUGGACUUCAUCCAAGUUUGGGCCAACAUGGGCCCACAAAGCCCAGACUUCAAAAAGUGGGGCCGGAUCCAAAAGGCGACGUUCCCGGACAAGAUGUUCCCGGAGUCGGACGAUCAGUCGGCUCUGAUUUACUUGAUGCUGAAAGAGAAGGAAAAAUGGACCGACAAAAUUUAUGUAGAGGGGGAGUACUACUUCCAAGGAUACUGGCUGGACGUUGUGGGAACGCUCGAUAAUGUCACAGCGAGUUACGUGGAGAUAGAGGAGGGGGUGCGCAUGUUAAGGAGGAGACACGCGGAGAAGGAAGCGGAGAGCUACGCUGCGCUGAGGGAGACGUAUCUGAGCGACGCCGGCUACGGCCGGGGCAGCUGGCGGAGGCCGUUCAUCACCCAUUUUACCGGCUGCCAGCCGUGCAACGGCGAACAUAAUCCGGCGUACAAGGGUGAGUUUUGCUGGGUGGGGAUGGAGAGGGCUUUGAAUUUUGCGGAUAAUCAGGUGCUUCGUAGGUAUGGGUUCGUGCACCCUCACCUACAGGAGUCUUCCUCUGUCUCAGCCUUGCCGUUUGAUGUUCCAGCAUAAAAUAU